AAAAAAAAAAAAAAAAAAAGACAUUUUUUCUUGAUCUAUUUCUCUAGUAAAUUACAUAUUUACUUUUACUCAAGAUGGAUGAUGACGAGGAGAUGGUUGAUAUUGACAUUGAGGAUUUUGAUCAGGGAACAAUGGCAUUGAAUGAAGGGUAACUUGUUGAUAAUGAUUCAAGUCGGGAAAGAAAGCUCAUCCUUUUCUUUUUUGUAUCUUAAAAUAAAGGCAACAAGUGGAGAGAGAAGCAACCACAGCCUCUUCAUCAGUACAAAGGUCGCCUUCAUUAUCACCUUCAUUACCAUCGACGCAACCCUUUCUUCCAGACGACGACGAUAUGGACGAAAAAUCCCGGCAAUUAAUAGAACAAAUGCUUGCAGAAGAAGAAUAUUUUUAUGGACGAGAUACCCUAAGUACCCUCAAGAAAAACAACAGCCAUCAUAAUAGCAGUAUGAAAAAGAAGAAACAAUUCAAGUCAUCAGCGUCCUCUUCAUCAUCUUACAAUGCAAAGGGAGGUGGUACGCAUAAGUCAUCGGCUUCAUUACCGUCCCAUAAAACGAAAUGGACAGAAGCAGAAGAUGAACGGCUGAUAGAAGCAUUGGAAAAAUAUGGACAUGGCAAUUGGAAACCAGUGUCUGACUACGUUGGAACGAGAAAUCCAUUGCAAUGUAAAAAUCAUGCAAGACAUCUGCAACAAUAUAACAAAUUAGAGCUACAGCCAAAAAGACGUAAAAUAGAACAAUCCAACAAAGUGAAAAAAGAACAAGACAAAGACAUACAAAUACCAGAACAGGGCCCCUCAACCUACGAAGGUCUUGCAGAAGACAAAGCUGUAAAGCCGUUAGCCGCACCUAUGGGUCUUGCUGAUGUCGAUGGGAAGAAUGAUGUCUUGAGUAUGGAUGAAGAUGAGGAUUUAGACAUAGUACAAUCAGACCAAGUGAGCGAUGCGCCCUUGAUCGAGCAGCAGCAGCAGCAGCAGGAGCAACCCAUCGGGUGGAUGUCUUCUACGUCUGAUCCAGAUACCAAUAACCGUAGCUCAGAAAACAGUACGCCAUUCAUCGUAUCAACAACAGCAGCAGAGAGUGCACAGUCUUCACAUCCCUCAUCUCCUACUGCACUUGUCAUUCCAUCCGAUCGUGUCUCCAAUGGAGAUAGUGAAUCACGAGAGGGCCAACCUAUAGCUACUACUACUACUACGACAACGACUCAAGAAGAAGAAGCAGUUUCUGAGGAAAAAACAACGAGGGCGAUAUCUAAAAUAGCACCUCGAGAAACAACACCGUCAUCCUCACCACCCACUUCAGCAGCAGCAGCAGUCAUACCAUCGGACACUUUACAACAGCCACCGCCCUCCGGUCUUGUCUUUUCUCCCUAUGAAAUAGCCGAAGAAGAAAAGCUGCAUAAUCCAGAGUGGUUCAGAGGCAAAGCGACAAAGACACCCGAACGUUACUUGAAAAUCCGUAAUCACAUGUUGGCUUGUUGGGAACAAUGCAAACCGAGAUAUUUAACCAAAACCAGUGCCAGAAAAGGAUUAAAAGAUUGCGGCGAUGUCAAUGCGAUUGGUCGAGUCCAUGAUUACUUGGAAAACAUAGGCGUCAUUAAUGUGGAUACGGUAUCGGGCGGCCCACGCAUCAUGAAACAACGUACGCAUACGACGACGACGACGACGACAUCACAUGAAGAUGCUAUGGACGACUUUGACGAUGCAGCCGAUCUUGUGGUUCAAUACGACGGGCCCAGAAAGAGAAAAGUGAGAAAUGAAUAUGGCGAAUGGGUGGAUCCAAAAGAGUUGGAAGGCCGAGUGAUAGAGCAUCAAGUGAUUGUUCGGACGGAUUCAAAACCAAAACGUGCGGUUCGAAAAUUUCAGCGUCAUCAAUUCUAUGGUGGAGACGAAUUUGGACGAGGUUACGAUCCAUUUACACUCAUUCCAACACAAAACUAUCACGAGAAAGCACCGGCACCCUUUGAAGUGGAAAUGAUAAGUGAUGCAUUGUUGGUGAUGGAUUUCCAUUCCCAUCUGGCGCAUACAGAAAUUAUUGGGUUGUUAGGAGGAAAGUUUAUCCAAAGAGGCACGAUCCAUGUGCUCCAAGUCUUGAGUGUCUUUCCUUGUCAAAGUACAAGUACAGGCAUUCAAUGUGAAAUGGAUCCAGCGUCAGAAAUGAGAGCGCGUGAAGUGUUUACAGAAAAGGGACUGAACGUCGUAGGCUGGUAUCACUCUCAUCCGACAUUUGAGCCGCAUCCGAGUAUUCGUGAUAUUGAAAAUCAGACGUCGUAUCAAACAUUAUUCAGAGAUGAAAAGACGGGAGAUGAACCCUUUAUUGGCGUCAUUGUUACACCUUACGACCCUAACCUAUUAAGCAACCAUUCUCAAAUUCAGUAUUUGCAUAUUAGCAAAGAAAUAGACAAGUUACACUCACAUCGUGUACCUUAUGCAUGUCGUAGAACAGUGAUACAAAGUGAGCAUGUCCCGCAGGAAAUUCUGGAUCAGCUCCAAGAACUCGUGCAAGAAUACAAGGAUUAUGAACAUAAAGUGGAUAUGUUGACGAUGUAUGGAGAUCAGACAAGAUUGGACAAACUGCUGGAUUCUUUACGAGUCCAUUUGUAUUUGGAGCCAAAUGAAGAGCAAGCCUUUAUGGCAAAGGUAAAAGAUAUGGUGGAAAAAGAAUUCCUAUCGUUUGUAUCCGAUGAUCCUACUGUUAAGCUUGAAGAGGAGAAAAAGGCGGGAUACCGUGCUACGGAUACCACUCAGAUGGAGGAGCCUGUGACCAACCUCACCACUACAACGACUACGCAUCAUGAAGCCACAGCACAUGUUGGCUAAAGAACGCGUAUGAAAAAGCCUAUUUUCAGCCUAAAUGAUACCCCCCUUACAAGUCUUUUUUUUUUUCAAGGCCU